AUGUUUGCUCAUUAUGGUAAAUUAGCAGGUGGAAUGGCUGCAAGAGCAUUUUUAGGACCAACAGCAGGUCCAAUUGGUGACGCUAUAGGUGAAAACAUUGGUAAAUUUGUAGGUCUUCCUAUAAUGAAAUUAAAGGAGAGAUUAAAAAAUAAAUCUAAAAAUUUUGUAUCAAGUAAUUUUUUACUUCCUAAUUAUGGAAAUAUAAGAAAAAAUGAAAAUAAUGACAAUUCAAAUAUAGAAACACUUGAAGUGGAUAAUUAA